AUGUUUUCGAGCACUAGACAACUCGAAAAGCGUACCGGAAAAUACGGCACUCCACGUUUAGAAUAUCUUCAAGAACUAGUAAAUGAGUACCAGACUACAACAGAUAUCGAGGCAAAACAUCAAAUUCUAGCGAAUUUGGCGAAUUUCGCAUACGAUCCAAUAAAUUAUGAUUUUUUGUGCCAAUUGAACGUCGUAGACUUGUUCUUAGAUGCGAUUACCGAACCAGAUGAAAAAAUCAAAGAAUUUGGUAUAGGCGGGAUAUGUAACAUUUGCUUAGAAAACCGUGCAAAGGAGUACAUAAUCACCUAUGAAGGGCUUCCUCUAAUUAUUGACUGUUUGUCAAGUGAAAAUGAAAGCACGGUGCUUUCAGCACUCGCCACAUUAAUGUUCUUGAAUAUAUCUUUCAGUCAAGCAGAUGUUAAAUCUGUCUCUAAACGUGUAAAACAAUUGUCGCAGACUGAUAAUCCCAAAAUAUCAAAUCUUGCUAACAUAUUCUUGCAAGAUUAUCUUGAAAAUUCUGAUUCAGUCAAGGAAAUGAAUCAAUGA